AUAUAUUAUUGAAGUAUAGGCAUGAAAAACAGAGACAUGUAACGAGGUGCUUAUUUUUUGUUUGGUAUUCAAUUGCCUUAGUGUCAAGAAAUAUUUCGUGUCUUCGUUGUUUAAUGUUAUUUAGUCAAAUAAGAAAAAUCCUAGGGUCUCUAUGAACGAUGGAUUUGUUAGGAUCUAUUCUGAACUCUAUGGAAAAGCCACCUACAGUGAAUAACAGACAAAAGGCACUAAUGAAAAAACAACAAGAGGAAUAUCAGAAGCAUCAGAAAGCAGAAUCCGAAAGAUUGAAGAUUUUUAGAAAAAGGGUAGAAGAGAAAAUGAAUAAGUUUCUUCAAGACGACAACGCAAAAGAGUAUAAAUUUCCUGCAAUGGAUCAGAUUCAUAGAAGUAUAAUACAUGAUGUUGCCGAAGUUGCAAAUGUUUGGGCAUAUUCGUUUGGAGAAGAAGGUGUUGACCGUUACAUUAUGAUCUUCAAAAGGGAACAUACUCCUUCCGAAGAUCAAUUAAAUACUCUUCGGAAAGGUGAAGAAUGGAACGAAGAAGUAGCAAAAAGGAUACAAGAAGAAAGACAAAGACAAGCAAAAGAGGAAGAAGAGGCAUUAAACACGAAAAAACGAAAAGAGAAUUUUGUUCCAAAUAGUUAUUAUAAGGAUAAAUAUCAGCAUAUAAUUGGAAAAGAAGCAGCCUUGGAAGCUGCUAGAAAAACGGAAGCUAAUAGCAGUUACGGUUGUGUACCUAGCGAGAAUAAAAAGGAUCAACGAAGUAUAGAACAAACAUUAGCGGACAUACGCGCAAAGAGAAGAAAAUUAGAAACAAGUAAUACUGCACCUAAUGAUAAAAAGAAGUGAGAACGUAAAGUAGUUAUAAUUAUAUUGUUCAAAUUUACAUAAUUUUAACCGUGUUCUCUUAUUCCUGCUGUAAAUAUUUGAUUGAUUGACGGUUGUCACAGAGACCAUAAUAUGUAUACCUUAUACAUUAAACGUUUGUCGGAUUAAAAUUUAAAUAAAACGCAUACAUUUUUUUUAAAUAUAGGUAUAGAGGAUUAUUAAUUUAACAAAAUAUUUUUCAUAAAUAACUGUCUAUAUAUUAGAUAUGAAUAGGCAGUGCUACGUAUACUCUCUAAAUUCGAAUAUAUUGAAUUUUUAUAAUUAGGAUGUGAUACACACACACACACACACGCGCGCGUACCCAACACACACACACACACACACAUAUAUAUAUACAGUAUUAACAGUCUUUCACUUGUAUGAAAAUAUCUUUUGACAUUGCAUUAAUUGAUUAUGUUUUCAAUGACGUUGUAUCAUUUAAAUGUAUUCCGUGGAUGAGUAUUUAGGUACCGAAGUCCUGGGUGCAGCUUUAGGCUUCAUCGGAGAGAUUGGCUCAAGCACAAUUUGUUCUUUGAGUACUAAAAGUUUGGUAAACUUCCGAUUUGUUACACUUUUGUAUAAUUCCAGACCUCUGUUGAUUACUACAUCUCUGACAUAAGCCGCGUUAUCUUGUACCAUUCGUUUCUGAAAUAUAGAAUAAUAAAAUGAUGUUAAGGUGAAA